AUGUCCCCCACAGACAGGUGUCCCCACAGACACAUGUUCCCACAGACAGAUGUCCCCCACAGACAGGUGUCCCCACAGACAGGUGUCCCCACAGACAGGUGUCCCCCACAGACAGGUGUCCCCCACAGACAGGUGUCCCCACAGACAGGUGUCCCCCACAGACAGGUGUACCCACAGACAGGUGUACCCACAGACAGGUGUCCCCACAGACAGGUGUCCCCACAGACAGGUGUCCCCCACAGACAGGUGUCCCCACAGACAGGUGUACCCACAGAGGUGUCCCCACAGACAGGUGUCCCCCACAGACAGGUGUCCCCACAAACAGAUGUCCCCACAGACAGGUGUCCCCCACAGACACAUUUACCCCACAGACAGAUGUCCCCCACAGACAGCUGUACCCACAAAGGUGUCCCCACAGACAGGUGUCCCCACAGACAGAUGUCCCCCACAGACAGGUGUACCCACAGAGGUGUCCCCACAGACAGGUGUCCCCCACAGACAGGUGUCCCCACAAACAGAUGUCCCCACAGACAGGUGUCCCCCACAGACACAUUUACCCCACAGACAGAUGUCCCCCACAGACAGCUGUACCCACAAAGGUGUCCCCACAGACAGGUGUCCCCACAGACAGAUGUCCCCCACAGACAGGUGUCCCCCACAGACAGGUGUCCCCACAGACAGGUGUUCCGACAGAGGUGUCCCCACAGACAGGUGUCCCCCACAGACAGGUGUCCCCACAGACAGGUGUCCCCCACAGACAGAUGUCCCCCACAGACAGCUGUACCCACAGAGGUGUCCCCACAGACAGGUGUCCCCACAGACAGAUGUCCCCCACAGACAGGUGUCCCCCACAGACAGGUGUCCCCCACAGACAGGUGUCCCACAGACAGGUGUCCCCUAAGACAGGUGUCCCCCACAGACAGCUGUCCCCCACAGACAGGUGUCCCUACAGACAGGUGUCCCAACAGACAGGUGUACCCACAGACAGGUGUCCCCCACAGACAGGUGUCCCCCACAGACAGGUGUCCCCACAGACAGAUGUCCCCACAGACAGUUGUCCCCUACAGACAGGUGUCCCCCACAGACAGGUGUCCCCACAGACAGUUGUCCCCCACAGACAGGUGUCCCCACAGACAGGUGUCCCCCACAGACAGGUGUCCCCACAGACAGGUGUCCCCACAGACAGGUGUCCCAACAGAGGUGUCCCCACAGACAGGUGUCCCCACAGACAGGUGUCCCAACAGAGGUGUCCCCACAGACAGGUGUCCCCACAGACAGAUGUCCCCCACAGACAGGUGUCCCCACAGACAUGUGUCCCCACAGACAGGUGUCCCCAGAGACAGGUGUCCCCCACAGACAGGUGUCCCCACAGACAGGUGUCCCCAGAGACAUGUGUCCCCACAGACAGGUGUCCCCACAGACAGGUGUACCCACAGACAGGUGUCCCCACAGACAUGUGUCCCCACAGACAGGUGUCCCCAGAGACAGGUGUCCCCCACAGACAGGUGUCCCCACAGACAGAUGUCCCCAGAGACAUGUGUCCCCACAGACAGGUGUCCCCCCCAGACAUGUGUCCCCACAGACAGGUGUCCCCAGAGACAGGUGUCCCCCACAGACAGGUGUCCCCAGAGACAGGUGUCCCCACAGACAGGUGUCCCAACAGAGGUGUCCCCACAGACAGGUGUCCCCACAGACAGGUGUCCCAACAGAGGUGUCCCCACAGACAGAUGUCCCCCACAGACAGGUGUCCCCACAGACAGGUGUCCCCAGAGACAGGUGUCCCCACAGACAUGUGUCCCCACAGACAGGUGUCCCCAGAGACAGGUGUCCCCCACAGACAGGUGUCCCCACAGACAGGUGUCCCCAGAGACAUGUGUCCCCACAGACAGGUGUCCCCACAGACAGGUGUACCCACAGACAGGUGUCCCCACAGACAUGUGUCCCCACAGACAGGUGUCCCCAGAGACAGGUGUCCCCCACAGACAGGUGUCCCCACAGACAGGUGUCCCCAGAGACAUGUGUCCCCACAGACAGGUGUCCCCACAGACAGGUGUACCCACAGACAGGUGUCCCCACAGACAUGUGUCCCCACAGACAGGUGUCCCCCACAGACAGGUGUCCCCCACAGACAGAGGACAGAGUGUGACAUUAGUGUUAGCAGGAACCUGGAGACAAAAGUGUGGGAAGCAGCGAGCGAGUUACCAGCAGCCAAUCAGAAGCAGCAGGCUUAUGAGCAAUAUCACAACAAACACUGGGAUCACAGAGAGCGAGAAACCACAGAUUUCAGCAGAUGGAGCUGGUGGGUUAGCAUGGAGCUGGUGGGUUAGCAUGGAGCUGGUGGGUUAG